UCAUGUUGUUGAACUGUCUGGCCGUGAGACUGAUGUGCAGACGGUGAGAAAAAUAAAUAUGCCUAGAAAGGCUAAAGAUAAUUUGUCUCUAUCAUCCAUUUAUCAUCCGAAUGCAACGCUAGCUGCAACACACCCGCUUCGAAUGUUAUCACACUAUUGAAUGGAUGUUAUCAGUGGUUAAUGGGCCCAUCGAUAUGGUCCAGUAGGGGCAUUCUGUGGCUACUGGAAGGCUCAGAAGGUUGUUGUCACCUAUCAAAUGCUCAAUCAAUGAAUACAACUACAGGAGAAGACUUCAGAUCCACUCAGAGGAAUCCAGUUGACCAGGAAUCCACUUCACCGAUGACUGGACUGGACGUCGACUGGAUAACGCGGCAACGUUGUGCACUUUCCUGGUUAAUUGUUUCAGAUUUCAGAUAUGGGAAAAGCUGUUAAGUGCACACGCUUCAGGAAUGUUAAGAUUAAGGUGGUGAGGAGGUCUAUCACUGGCCCUGCAAAGUUUUCUUACCUCGGUCAAGCUCCUCCUCAGCCCAACUCCAAACACACCCACUCUUUGGACCCUUCCACAUCUAUUACGCCUCAACAGGCUGAACCUGAUGAUGUGGCACCAAGCUGUAGUUAUGCAUGUUCUGAGACUGCAUACAGUAAGGCAAAGAAGAGAGAGCUUCAUGCCUGGGAUGCAGUCAAGGAUGACAUGCUUACGGUGUCAUUUGAAUGUUCGGCACCAUUCACUACCCAGUGUGUUGUCUGCCUAGAAAAACAUGCUGAUUAUAGGUGCAUUGAGUGCAGCACCACUGCAGUGUUUUGUGAGGCUUGUCUGAAGAGGACUCACAGAAAUUCACUGCAUCUUCCUGAUAAGUGGAAUAAUGCCUACUAUGAGCCAUCCUCCCUGGGGUUAUUCCUAUAUUUACCUGAAGGCCAUAACACCCAUACUGUGUACACAAAGGACAUGAAGGUCAUUGUUAGCACAGGACGGCUCUGCACUGUCACAGUCAAAAUGUGUGCGUGUGAACCAGAAACCUGCACACUGCUAAGGUCAACACCCUUUACAGAGCCCUGGUGGGAGAAUCCAUAUCAUGACCAUGACUUUGGCUUUGUGAGGAAGCAAAGCUCAGGGACAAGUGCGGUUGAGCCAUUACAUGGAACCCGCAUGUUUGUUGAUGAAAAGGAUGUAGAGGACUACCUGCUAUCACAUCUUGACAGCUCAAAGCCACACGAAGACUGCAGUAACUUUAAGGCUGGCAAUGUGUUAAGGUCACAACAACAAGCAAAGAAACUUGAUGUUACAGGAGUGUUUGGAGCAUCCUGUCGCCAUGAAAUGCCCCUAAUGUUUGUUAACAUGAGCCAAGGAGAACGAUUAGCCUAUCCCCUGUAUGUUAUUGAUGCGUUACUUCAAAGAUGUGAGGACAAGAACAUACACCUGCGAGUAGUCUAUGACAUUGCCUGUGUUGUUGCCUCACAUUUGCAGGGGAGUGCAUACCACACAACAUCUCCUUGGCCGUACCAGCAUUUCAUGUUUAUGGACACAAAUUGCCCUGCCAGAUUUGCCAGAGUCACAAAGGAGAUGACUCCAUCUCAUCGCCUUGACCUACUGACUGAUGCCCUUUUGCAUUAUGGACGGAGGAAAUCAACUGACCUAGAAGUGCAGCUCCUGCAAAGACUAGACAAAGCAGAGAAAAUAUCGAUUCUCCCUCUAGAAGAUAUCUCAUCAGUCAUCAGAGAGGCACCAGUGUUGGUUUCUGAAGGAGACAUGGAGAGAUGGGAAAAAAAGGGAGAUGGAGCUAGCCCAACAGAAACCAAUAAACACUGUCUGUAGAUAGAAAAGGGACUACAUCAUCAGACUAAUUCAGUUCUACAAGUUCAAAAUUGAGGACUCUCUGCAGAACAUGGAGAAAAAACACCGCAUUAGGAGAAGAUGGCAAGAGUCUGAUUCAGACUUCCAGUCUACUCUUAAAGAUGUGGAGCGUGAGCUCAGAGCUCCAACUGAUCUGCAAGGCUAGAACUGAAUCAAGGGAGAGAGCAGUCCUCCUCCACCUGAAAAGAAAAUAUCCAGAUGGGCAGGGCAUUGCCAUUAGACUCUCCAAGCAGGUAGCCAGCUCCAACAAGAGACUGAGACAGGCAAUAAAAGAAUACAACAGCAUUCAAUGGCCCCCGCAGAUGAGCAUCUUCCCUGCGACAAUUGAUUUUCAGGAAGCAUGUGAUCCCUCUUGGCAUGUCUACUUCUGCUUUGAUGACACUAUUGAAGAAGAUGAUAUUUCGAGGAGUCUAAAAAGGCGAGGGAUUGAUGCCUUACAUAUGAAGGCUCGGGAAGCUGAGGAAAAGCGCAUGCUUUA